AUGAAAAUCUUCAAAGGAGAGGUAUGCUCAACAACACCAGGCGUUGUCGAUGCGGAGAACCAGAGACGCUAGACCACAUCCUCCUCCACUGCACUUUUGCGAAGGAGAUCUGGACUAUGGUGCCUUGGACCUCGCCCUGACCAUUCAACCAGACUCAGCUUUCAUCACCAUCCUACAGGCCUCGCAAUCCGCCAAGAACCUUCCCCCAACUGGGGUUGUAGGGAACCUUCUCCCAUGGAUCGCCUGGUACAUCUGGAUUGCAAGAAACAAACUUCUGUUUGAGAG